UGCCAGCUUCUGCCGGCUGACAGACCCUAGCCAAAAUUUUAGUCGCCAGGAAUGCGAAAUUGAAGCAUACCAACCAGUCUUGCUUCCGUCUACCCAUCUUCGUCUUGUUCGAGCCACCAUGCACAGAGUCACUGCCAGGGCCAUCCUACGGCAAGGGCUGGCUCGCGCCGAGCUGGGCAAAGCGCCCAGAGCGAGCUACGGUGUGGUCGCAGCGCCGACAGCCGCCCGGCCGGCGACCUUCGUAAUACCGCGCGCAGCUCGCAGCAUCGCCGGCGCCAGAGCCACAACCGCGGCCCCGUUCCACACGAGCGCGGCGUGCCGGCGGCGGCAGAAGCCGCUGCCGCGCCGGGCGGAGGAGGCGGAGGAGGACGAGGACAAGGGCGAGGAGGAGGGCGAGGGCAAGGACGGGGCGAAGCACCCGGCGGCGGACCCGGAGGAGCCGCUGAACUUCGCGGACGUGGAGUCGCGUCUGCUGCCGGUGGAGGCGCGGUUCCGGGCAGGGCUGCGGAAGCUGCAGUCGGGCGGGCGAUUCAACCCGGACGCGAUCGGGGCGCUGCGGGUGGCGCCCGACCGCAAGGAGCCGGGGCGGACGUACCCGCUGCACGAGCUGGCGCAGAUCGUGCCGCGGGCGGGCGGGCGGUCGAUCUCGGUGCUGGCGCACGAGGCGAGCUCGGUGCGGGCGAUCAUGAGCGCGGUCCAGAACAGCCCCGACUUCAACCAGCAGCCGCAGCGCGCGCCCGACAACGAGCUCGAGCUGCUGCUGCGCGUCGAGCCCGACAGCCCCGACGACACCCUCCGCCGCGUCCGCCUCCUCUGCAACGAGUGGCGCGACCGCGUCCGCGCCGUCCGCCAGCGCCGCGACAAGCUCCACGCCACCUGGCGCCGCACCGCCGUCGUCGGCCCCGACCUCAAGGUCACCCUCGACAAGGAGCUCGACCGCCUCAUCAGCGCCGAGAUCGCCAAGGUCGACGUCAUGGAGAGCUCCACGAUAAAGCAUAUCCACUCCACCAAAUAAGACAGGGCCGCGGAAGGGAAGAGAGAGAGAGAGAGAGAGAGGGGAGAGGGAGAGGGGAGGGAGAGGGGGGGCUUUCGAGACGUGUUUAUAGACUACCCACCCGG